AUGGGAGAUUCGGGCAUUACUGUUGUGUACACGGAUGGCGGUGUGGAAAACGAGGUGUUUAUUGGUUCAGAAGGGGCUUUGUUUUACGUCACGGGAAUGUGUUUAUUUGGCAUACGCGGAGUUGGGGACCUUUUUUCAAUCAGUGCUUACGUUUAUGCUCAAAAGCCACAACUGGAUAUUCACAGUUUUGAGGGUACCUUCACACGGGAAGACAGUGAUCCAGCUGUUCAUGAAAGCCUUAGCAUAGAAAACACAUUAUGGGCAAGCACUGUUGUUGCUUCAGGAACAGUAAUUGGUGUUGUCAUUUACACUGGGAAGGAGACGCGAAGUGUAAUGAACACAUCCAAUCCAAAAAACAAGGUAGGCUGGCAUGGCUUGAAUAACAGCUAA